AGUCUGGGUCCCUUCCGGCAGUGUGCGGCUCCCUCAGCUUCCUCAGCCGUGCACUCCAGGUUCCGGCUUGGAAGCGUCCGCCCCGCCCCUGCCGCCGCGGCGUCCCCCGCCCGGCGCCAUGGCCGCUGCGGCCGGGGAUGGCGCGGCGAAGCCACUGCAAAGCGCUAUGAAACUGGCCAACAAGGCCAUCGAGCUAGACACCAGCAACCGGCCCCGGGAGGCGUAUGUGGAAUACCUGAGGAGCAUCCACUACAUCUCCCAAGUGUUACUCGAGGACGUGGAAAACACUACCGAAGCAGGGGAAACAGUGCCCCCUGAGACCUCAAAGAUGCUAAAGCUGGCUGAGCAGUGUCUGGAGAGGGCCCAGUCAACAGCUACCAAACUUGGGAAGACGUGCCUGAAGCCAGCCAUCCCUGUGGCUCCUCCCGCCCCCUUGCCCGCCAGCCGUCACCGACGAGUGUGUUCAGACGAAGGAGGGAAGCUCUCUCCUUUCCUGCCUCCUGAGAUCUUCCAGAAGCUGCAGGCAGCAGAAUCCCAGAACUCUAAGAAGGAGCUAACACCCCUGGAGAAGGCCUCCCUACAGAACCAGAAGCUGAGGGCCACAUAUGAGGCCCGGAUGGCCCGUCUGGACCCCAGCCAGGCCAUGCAGAAGACAUCACUGACUCUAUCUCUCCAGCGGCAAAUGAUGGAGAAUCUGGUGAUCGCCAAAGCAAGAGAAGAAACCCUCCAGCGGAAGAUGGAAGAGCGCCGCUUGCGCCUUCAAGAGGCUGCCAACAGGAGGUUCUGCAGUCAAGUUGCUCUGACCCCCGAAGAGCGGGAGCAGCGGGCCCUGUAUGCUGCCAUCCUGGAGUACGAGCAGGACCACGACUGGCCAAAGCACUGGAGAGCCAAGCUCAAGCGCAACCCAGGGGACCUGUCGGUAGUGAGCGGCCUGCUGUCCCACCUGCUCAGCCUUCCUGACCACCCAAUCUCGCAGCUCCUGAGGAAGCUGCAGUGUGCCAUCUACAGUGCGCUGUACCCUACUGUGAGCCGGGCCGCCAUCAGUGCUGCGCCUGCCCCAGGCUGCUGCUCCCUGCCUCCCGAAGCCAACGGCCUCCUGGCUCCUGGGAGCCGGCGACUUCGGUCCUCCCAGAGCCUCUACUGCAUGCUUUCCCCCUCAGAGCCCAGCACAGCCCCAAGACCUCUGGACGGACCUCCGUCCAUACCUCCUAUCCCCAUACUCCACUCAGGCCCCCCAGACAGAGAGGCAGACAGCAGCCCAGCAGGGCCUUCCUCACCCCUGGUCGAUGCGUCAUCCCACUUGCCAGACAAGGACAGCUCUUUUGAGGACCUGGAACAGUUUUUGGCCAUGUCUGAGCCGCAGACCCCCGGAGCAAAGAGAGAGCCCUUGCUGGAGUGUCUGAAGAGCACAGUGAAGGACAUUCACAACGCCAUUGACAGACUGCUCUCGCUGACUCUUUUGGCCUUUGAGAGCCUGAAUACGGCCACCUCCAAAGACCGCUGUCUGGCGUGCAUCGAGGAGCCCUUCUUCUCCCCACUGUGGCCCCUGCUGCUGGCCCUCUACAGGAGUGUGCACCGUACUCGGGAGGCUGCUGUGAGCAGGAGCAUGGAGCUGUACAGGAAUGCACCCCCUUCAGCCCUUGGCAUCCCCUCCAAGCUCCUCCCACGUGCCCCUGAGGCUCAAGCCUCCACCUACCCCUACUGCACCGCAGCCCAGGAACUGGGGCUGCUGGUUUUGGAGAGCUGCCCCCAGAAGAAGCUGGAGUGCAUCGUGCGGACUCUUAGGGCCAUCUGCAUCUGUGCAGAAGACUACUGCCGUGCCCAGGAGGCCAGGCCUGAGGCUGGAACCCAGCCCCCUGCUGCUGCCAUUGGUGCUGAUGACCUGCUGCCCAUCCUGUCCUUUGUGGUGCUGAGGAGUGGCCUCCCCCAGCUGGUGUCAGAGUGUGCAGCCCUGGAGGAAUUCACUCAUGAAGGGUACCUGAUUGGAGAAGAGGGCUACUGCCUGACAUCACUGCAGAGCGCCCUGAGCUACGUGGAGCUUCUGUCCCGGGGACGGCUGGACAAGUAGUGGAGGCUGGACCUUACAGCCAAAGGAGCCUCAGGACCUCCCCGCUGUACUGUGUAUCUGGUUUGGGGACACCAGAGGCCAGCCUGCUGUGGGGGCACUCUAUAGCUCUUGCCCACCUCCCUAACCACACGUCUGUCCUGAAGGCCUAGCACAGUGCUGUUUAGCAGGACAUAGCAGGCUGAGUCAGGCUUGCUCUGUCCUGCCUCUCAGACCCCAUAGGAGAAAUCUGGAGCUGCUAUUUCUUGGGGAUCCUGAAACACUGAGGGGCCUCCAGUAAACCUGGAUGGCCCUGACCUGGUCUCGUGGACGCUAGGCAAUCCCUACUGGAACAUCAACACAGAAAUGGGCACUGGGAGCCUUGCCAGGCCAGUCUAGUUUUACAAUCCUCCAGUCUCCUGAGACAGCCCAAGUUUAUGUGAGCCAGUUUCUUGUUAGUCAAUAACAAGAGAGCUUUACCCUUACCCCAGCCGAGUGGGUGUAGGUACUGUGAGGCUGUGCUGUUUAUUUAUCAGGCAGCAACUGCCCUGCUUGCUUCUGCUGGCCCAGGCGCCACUGCUCAUGCCUGGGACAAGAGCCUGUCUCCUGCUAAGGCCCAGAACAUCCUGCUCUGGGGUGACCUUGGUUGGGGACAAUGAACAUUCAGGACACUGGCUAACACACACAGUUGUACAGACUCUCCGGUGUUAAGAGUCCUAGGGUCAGCACGCUGACUGUUAUAUGCCCCCAGGUGACGAGCAACUCAGCCUGUAAUAAAGAAGUUGCACACUACGCCCAUUUGACUUGCUCACUGAGCCACUGGGCGGGCAGGACUCAGGCAGCAGACACCCGUUGCCAGUCUUCGCAGAGAUCACAGAUGACGGCAAUGAGGGGCCACAGCUCACUCCCAGACCCUCUGCACAGAAGCAGCAUCUUCCCAGGGGCUAUUCCCAGCAAGGAAAGUGUGAACCUCACCCUGGGAUAGCAGAGGUCUGCAGGAGCUUUGGGAGGUUAGGACUGAGUCACUCCUGCAGCUCUGAGCCCAGGGCAGCCCCUGACAGUGUCCGAGGAAUAUUCACCCUACUCAAACCCAAAGUCCUUGUACUUCCACACAUGGGGACACACAGUGAUGCCCUGUGGUUCUGCUGGGGCCCUAGGAUGAUGUUGGCAUCCAAGCACACGGAACAUCUUCCAGGAAGCAAGCUGCCCCACCCAGGAAAGGAAAUAUCCAUGACAACGGGGGUUGCUGUAAGAAAGUAGGUGGCAGCAGGUCAUGGUGACACGUGGUGACACAUGCUGUUAAUCCCAGCACUCAGGGAGGCAGAGGCAGGCGGAUCUCUGUGAGUUUGAGGCCAGCCUGGUCUACAAAGCAAGUUCAAGACAGCCAAGGCUACACAGAGAAAUCCUGUCUCAAAAAACGAAAAAAAAAAAAAAAAAAAGGAAGAA